AGACAUGCAAUUUGUAAGGUUGCAUCAUGGAGAUUCUUGUGCUUCUUUCUCUCUUACCAAUCUUUAUUCUAUUCAUCAUCCACAUACAAAAAACAAAAAGUACUAGAAGAACAUCAUCAAUUCCACCAGGUCCUAAACCACUUCCUAUAAUUGGAAAUCUCCACCAACUCAACACUUCAUCACCACAUCAAUCCCUAUGGCAACUUUCCAAACACUAUGGACCUCUCAUGUCUUUGCACCUUGGCUAUGUACCAACCUUAGUUGUUUCCUCAUCAAACAUGGCAAAACAAGUGUUGCAAACACAUGACCUUAAAUUUGCAAGUAGACCAUCUUUCCUAGGACUAAGGAAGUUGUCUUACAAUGGUUUAGACUUAGGUUUUAGCCCUUAUAGUCCUUAUUGGAGAGAAAUGAAAAAAAUUUGUGUCCUUCACUUAUUUAGCUCUCAAAAUGUUAAUUCCUUUAGACCCAUUAGAGAAAAUGAAGUUGCCCAAUUGAUUAAAAAGUUGUCACAAUAUUGUGAUGAUGAAAAAGGUGUGAACUUGAGUGAAAUAUUGAUGUCCUUCACAAAUAGGCUUAUUUGUAGAAUAGCUUUUGGAAAAAAGUAUGGUUGUGAUUAUGAAGAAGAAGUUGAAUUGGGAAGUGGAGAAAGGAGAAGUAGGUUGCAAGUUUUGUUGAAUGAAGCUCAAGCUUUGUUGGCUGAAUUUUACUUUUCAGAUCAUUUUCCAUUGUUGGGUUGGGUUGAUAGAUUAAGAGGAACUCUUUCGAGGCUUGAUAAAACAUUUAAGGAGUUGGAUUUGAUAUACCAAAGAGUUAUUGAUGACCACUUGGAACAAAAGACCAAGGAAGAAGAAGUAGUAGACAUCAUUGAUAUCUUUUUGAAGAUGAAGAAUGAUCACUCACUCUCUUUUGACCUUACUCUUGACCACAUCAAAGCUGUGCUUAUGAACAUCUUUAUAGCAGGAACAGACACAAGCUCAGCAAUAGUUGUAUGGGCCAUGACAGCAUUGAUGAACAAUCCUAGAGUGAUGGAAAAGGUUCAAGCAGAAAUCAGAAACUUAUAUAAAGACAAAGAUUUUAUAAAUGAAGAUGAUAUUGAAAAGCUUCCUUAUCUCAAAUCAGUAAUAAAAGAGACACUUAGAUUAUUCCCUCCAUCACCCUUACUAUUACCAAGAGAAACAAUAGAAAGUUGCAACAUAGAAGGAUAUGAAAUUCAACCAAAAACUCUAGUUUAUGUUAAUGCUUGGGCUAUAGCAAGAGACCCUGAGAAUUGGAAAGACCCAGAAGAGUUUUAUCCUGAAAGAUUCUUUAUGAAUUCUUCAGUGGAUUUUAAAGGGAAGAAUUUUGAGUUAAUUCCAUUUGGAAGUGGGAGAAGAAUGUGUCCUGCAAUGAACAUGGGAGUGGUUACUAUUGAGCUUUCACUUGCUAAUCUUAUUCAUUCUUUUGAUUGGAAAUUACCUUGUGGUUUUGAUAAGGAAAAAGUUUUGGAUACACAAGUGAAACCAGGAAUAACUAUGCAUAAGAAAAUUGAUCUUUAUCUUGUUCCUAGGAAAUGGAAAUGGACACAAUAGAUAGGAGUGUCUCAAAGUUCUGUUAUUGACACAAUGUGUACUAUUGACAAUUUGUUCUGUUAUUUGCAUGUCUCCAAGUUUCUUUUAUUUCUAGAUCAA